GAUUACUAUCUGAAUUGAUGCUCAAAACGUUACACAAUUGUUUGCUAAGAUAAACCCUAAAGCCAGAACUAGCGACUACACUACUCACCGCGGCUCGCACCGCCGGUUCCACCGUCUCCACCGCUCAACCAAUACAGCUCAAACAACAAAAUUCAGAACAAACCAAAGACACACCUAUCUCUCCAUUACCAUCUUGAAAUUCUAACACCGACAAAUAAUCAGACAAUGGCCGGUGGUCGAUUCCGCGAGCUCCUGAAAAAGUACGGUAAAGUGGCGAUCGGCGUUCACUGUUCCGUUUCAGCAGCUUCCGUCACCGGCCUCUAUGUCGCCAUUAGAAACAACGUCGACGUAGAAGCCAUUCUCGAGAAGUUCCAUUUGGGCGCCGCUUCCCCGGAAGAAAACCCUAACCCUGAUACAGGCUCUUCCGCGGUGUCGGUUAAGAGCCGCACGGCGCAGAUGGCGGCUUCUGCAGGCGGUGCUUUCACGCUAGCUUUACUCUGCAACAAGGCUCUGAUCCCUGUUAGGGUGCCUAUUACUGUAGCACUCACGCCCCCAAUUGCGAGGUUCUUGGCUAGGAGGAACAUUUUGAAGAGUGGUGUAUGAAUGAACAUGCGUUUUGUUUUGCAGAUACCAUCAUUGGUAGUAACUAAAGAGGAGGCUGAAAAUUCAUUGCUAGUGUAAAGUGUUUUUCUUCCUUGUGUUAAUGUAAUGCUAAGCAAGAGUAUUGAAAUAAGAUUAAUUAGUGCUAUGCUGGCCAUAAUGACAAUGUU